UUGAUUAUUUUAGUAGCAAGUGGCAGCAGAGCUACAGCUGUUGCUUCACCCACUAACCAACAGGACCAAGAGGUAACUUUGCAGUCAGCAGCACCACAAAUAACAGUGAGUGGCAGCAGAGCAGCAGCUGUUAUUACCUCACCACCUACUGUUCAACGAGAGAGGCCCAGAAGGAUAAGGAAUCUGAAUCCUCGCCACUCUGUUGCUGAGCAAGCAAAUAUGGCACGUCAGGAGUUUUUGGCAGUUGCAGAAUCAAAUGCAGAAGCAAUUAGGAUGCUGGCAGUUGCAACUGAAGUGCAAGCAGCGGCUGCCAAAAUGCAAGCAGAGGCGGCAAAAGUGCAGGCAGAGGCGUCUCUUUCGUUAGCACAGGCUGCCAAUAAAAUAGCAGAUGCCUUUAUAUUAUAUAUAAAUAAAAAUAAUAAAUAA